AUGGCUGCACGCACCGGCGAGAUCCCGCUCUCGGAGAAGGUCGCGCCCACCGUGGCGCUGGCAAAGCGCAGCCACCUCGGCGACCUCGUGUCACUGCGCGCGACCAACGUCGACGUGCGUCCGUUCCAAGAGCGUCUCCAGCGCAUGGAAGAAACCAUGGCCAUUUGGAACCCGGAGCAGCAGGUCAACAACGUGCCGAUGCAUCAUGCUCAUCUUUGCGACGACUACCUCAAGCACCUCUACCACUUUCCGUGGCUCGACCAGUGGCGCGACCUCCUCUUCCCGUUCUUCGAGUCGCUCAACAUCCCGCCCGAGCGCGUCAUUCGGUGCUUGUUUGCACGCAUGCCGGCGGGCUCGGUCAUUCCCGUGCACCACGACACGGGCGCGUGGGUCGCGCACUGCCACCGCGUGCACCUGCCGAUCAUCACCAGCGACCACAUCGACUUUAAAGUGGGUCUGGACGAAGACGCGAUGCAGCGCAUCGAGUUUGCUCAAGGCAACGUGUACGAGCUCAACAACGCGAGCAAACACAUGGUCGAGAACAAGUGGAACCAAGCGCGCGUGCACUUGAUCUUUGACUACGUCGACGCCGACUUUUCCCUCGCGUCGCUGCCGCUGCGCAAGCUCGCGCCUGGCACGGUCCUCCACCAGACGCGGCGGACGGUCGACAUGUCGUCGGAAUUCGGCUCGCGCCCGACGCCGUCGUUUUGCAUCAUUGGCGCGCAAAAAGCGGGCACGACGUCGCUGUACGACUACAUCACGCAGCACGACCUCGUGGUGCCGGCCAACCGCAAGGAAACCCACUACUUGGACUGGCGCUUCGAUCCAAAGCUGCCGCCGAUCGAGACACCGGAAGGCCAGGCCGCGCAUUUGGCCAUGUACCAGCGCUUCUUCCGCAUGGACAUCCUCGGUCCGUGUCCGUCGGUGCUCUCGGGCGAAGCGACGCCGAGCUACCUCCUCGGCGGCUCGGUCGUCAUCCAGCGCUUUCAAGCGCUCAUGCCCGGCGCCAAGAUCCUCGCGACGUUGCGCAACCCUGUGGACCGCGCCUUCUCGCACUACAACAUGACGGCGGACCCGGUCGGGAACCCCGAGCAGCUCAAGAACCGUGGUCACCAUGCGCUCGGUGGCAAGAGCUUUGAGCAAGUCGUCGACGCCGAAAUCGCCGAGCUCCAGGCGCUCGGCGUGCACCCCGACAUGUCGUUUGAAGAAUUCGAUCGCGUCUACCUCCAGACGCGCCUCUCGUUCACGCAUGGCGGCCAUUCGUUCAUUGGUCGAGGGCUCUACGCGCUGCAGCUCAAGGGCUGGUUUGAAGCGUUCCCGAAGGACCAGCUCCACAUUGUCAACAUGGACGACAUGAAGACGUCGACGGGCUUGCACGCGGUGAUGCAGGACGUGUUUGCCUUCUUGGAGCUCCCGCCCUACACGAUCGAAGACAGCAGCGCCAAGAACACGCGCGCGUACGGCGCGUUGCACCCGGACACACGCGCGCGUCUCCAGGCGUUCUACGCGCCCUUCAACGAAGCGCUCGCGGAUCUGCUCGGCCGCCGCUCGUUUGCUUGGUAG